GCUCAGGACUCUUAAGUCUACAGGACAGAGGGUCCACAGUAUAAAAUGGCGAGGUUUGAUAUUGCAGUGCUCAUGAUGCCACCACACAAUGUUUCUCUUCCUCUCUCCAGCAUUUACUUCAUCCUCAGGCCCUGCUGGUGUCCUCCCCUAAAUUCUCAUCCCUCUCUCGUGUCCCCUUGUAAAAGCAAACUGGCCACUGCUUUUCCGGACCUCAGAUGCUCAUAUUACAUACAAGAGCAUGGAGGCUGCAGUGCUUUAGAAUCCCCAACCCAGGGGAUUGUGUGCUCUUUGGUUCUGGUUGGGUUACAUGAUGACUACUGAAAUUUACUGAAAUUCUUGGUUGCCAGAAGGCAUGGCCAUGCUGCUGCCUCCGCUGAGAAGGCUGUCCACACCUCUCAGUAGUGAUAGAGGGCGGACUGCACGUGCUGGCUCGCCCCCUGGCUCAGGGGUUCACAUGCUUAAGGAGGGGCACAAACCAUGAGUGAAAUCACAAACCUCACUCUGCCAGUGAGGUUUUCUGUCGUCCGCCCCAGCUCGUUUGGCCUCAAGCAUAACCUGACCUCAGCAAUUACCUCUCCCUCCCCACUUGUUUCCGUUCAGGCCAGGGCUCCAUAAUGCCCAGCUUGGGUCAGUGUCUAUYCCUCGGCCCAUCAGUGUCGCCAGAGGCAGAGAGUACGGUAACUGGCACGUUCCCAGGGCCAUCCCAGUGGUCACAGAGAGCGGGAAGGAAAUGCACAGCAGAAGCAACGGCUUCGUGGCCAGAAGCGGGAGCGCUGAGCCUAGUCACGCAGCUCUGAAGACUGGCUCGCAGGAACGGCGGGGGCUGCAGGGACACCCGCCCCAAGCCCGCGGUCUUCGACGAACUACACAACCUCAGAACGCGAGUCCCACAAGGUCACGGCCAGCUCCCGGCGAGGGCCGGCGCCCCUCCACCCCGGGAGCUCUCCCCGCAUCGCCCACGGGCGGGCACCGCCUCUCCAAACGCGAGCCAGCGUCCCGCCCACGCCCUCUCGAGGACGGGAGGACCCCUGAGGCUGGCGAGAUGGGCUGGCGCGGUUGAGCCGCCGAAGAGGCAGGUGUGAUGGGCAGGUGAGGAGAAGCCACCUCCCUGUCUGGUCUCAGCAUGACCGAGUGCUUCCUGCCCCCCACCAGCAGCCCCAGCGAGCACCGCAGGGCCGAGCAUGGCAGCGGGCUGACCCGGACGCCCAGCUCCGAGGAGAUCAGCCCCACAAAAUUCCCUGGACUGUACCGCACGGGCGAGCCCUCGCCCCCCCAUGACGCCCUGCAUGAGCCCGCCGAUGCGGCGUCGGAGGAUGAGAAGGACCAUGGCAAGAAGAAAGGAAAGUUCAAGAAGAAGGAGAAGAGGACUGAAGGCUAUGCUGCCUUUCAGGAAGAUAGUUCUGGAGAUGAAGCCGAAAGCCCUUCCAAAAUGAAGAGGUCUAAGGGAAUCCAUGUUUUCAAGAAGCCCAGCUUUUCUAAAAAGGAGAAGGAUUUUAAAAUAAAAGAGAAACCCAAAGAAGAAAAGCAUAAAGAAGAAAAGCACAAAGAAGAAAAGCAUAAGGAGAAGAAGUCAAAGGACUUGACGGCAGCUGACGUUGUCAAACAGUGGAAGGAAAWGAAGAAAAAGAAGAAGCCCAUCCAGGAGCCGGAGGUGCCUCAGGUGGACACACCCAGCCUCAGGCCUGUCUUUGGGAUCCCUCUGGCUGCUGCCGUGGAGAGGACCAUGAUGUGCGACGGCGUCCGCCUGCCGGCCGUGUUCCGCGAGUGUGUGGACCACGUGGAGAAGCAUGGCAUGGAGUGCAAGGGCAUCUACAGAGUGUCAGGAAUUAAAUCAAAGGUGGAUGAACUAAAAGCAGCCUACGACCGAGAGGAGUCUCCAAAUUUGGAAGAAUACGAGCCCAACACUGUCGCCAGCUUGCUGAAGCAGUACCUGYGAGACCUGCCAGAGAAUUUGCUUACCAAAGAGCUGAUGCCCCUAUCCGAAGAGGCCUGCGGGAGGGCCACAGAGAGCGAGAAAGUGCAGGAGUUCCAGCGCUUGCUCCAGGAACUGCCGGAAUGUAACUACCUUCUCAUUUCCUGGCUCAUUGUGCACAUGGACCACGUCAYUGCCAAGGAACUGGAAACGAAGAUGAACAUACAGAACAUCUCCAUCGUGCUCAGCCCCACYGUGCAGAUCAGCAAUCGUGUGCUGUAUGUGCUCUUCACACACGUGCAAGAGCUCUUUGGAAACGUGGUACUAAAGCAAGUGACAAGACCUCUGCGGUGGUCGAACAUGGCCACCAURCCCACGCUGCCAGAGACCCAGGCGGGUAUCAAGGAGGAGAUCCGGAGACAGGAGUUUCUUUUGAAUUGUUUACAUCGAGAUCUGCAGGGUGGGAUAAAGGRUUUAUUUAAAGAAGAAAGAUUAUGGGAAGUACAAAGAAUUUUGACAGCCCUCAAAAGAAAACUGAGAGAAGCUAAAAGACAGGAGUGUGAAACCAAGAUUGCACAAGAGAUAGCCUCAAAGGAGGACAUUUCCAAAGAAGAAAUGAAUGAAAAUGAAGAAGUCAUAAACAUUCUCCUUGCCCAGGAAAACGAGAUCCUGACGGAGCAGGAAGAGCUCCUGGCCAUGGAGCAGUUCCUGCGCCAGCAAAUCGCCGCCGAGAAGGAGGAGAUCGAGCGCCUCAGAGCCGAGAUCGCCGAGAUCCAGAGUCGCCAGCAGCAUGGCCGGAGCGAGACAGAGGAGUACUCCUCGGAGAGCGAGAGCGAGAAUGAGGAGGAGCUGCAGCUCAUCCUGGAGGACUUGCAGAGGCAGAACGAGGAGCUGGAGAUAAAGAACAACCACCUGAACCAGGCUGUCCAUGAGGAGCGCGAGGCCAUCAUCGAGCUGCGGGUGCAGCUGCGCCUGCUCCAGACACAGCGCGCCAGGGCCGAGCAGCCCGAGGACGAGGAGCCCCGCGACGGCGUGCCCGAGGCGAAGGCGGCUAAGGAGCCCGCAAAGCCGUCGCCCAGCAGAGACCGCCGGGAGACGCCUCUCUGAGUGCCUGGGCAGUGGCGCUGGAAGGCGCCUGUGGCCCAGAGUGUCCAGCGUGGCCGGCGCUGUCCCUUCUGUAAAGACGCCUUCUCUCUUCAGACUCCUCGUCACGUUGGCUCGUCAGGCUCAGGGUCCCGGGGACGGAGCAGCGGACGUUUUCCAGAUAGUGUCAGCUUAUGGGGAAUUAAUUUUCUUUGUUAACUUAAAAUWACUAUUUUAACCCUUGAGUGGCUUCUUUUUAAACCAAAAAAAUCGUGUUUCUUUGCUUUUAUAUCACAGCAGAAUCAGGAUCUCAUUAAGGUGGGGACACCAAGCCAGGUCUCUGCGCCGCCUGUGGCUGCGGCCCGGGCUCCUGCUUGUGCCUUUAACACCUCAUGGUGCAGACCAUUCGGGGAGCUGCCUCCCGUGUGCCGGCCGGCCGGUGGCUCUCGGGUCCCUUUGCCCACUGUAGCCCUCCCACAGUUCUGAACCACAGUCCGCAGCCCGAYACCAGGUGGCCUCGGUGGCAGGCGGAGGCUGCGUGGAGCCUGCCCGCCCUGCCCGCGGGCUCCGGCUACUCACUGCCAGUGAUCAGCAGAGGCCUUUGCACUGGGGCGGCCGGAGGCGGCCCCCUCGCCCCGAGGCAUCCACCCACCAAUGUUUCUCAAACCCGAAACCUUCCUUGUGACAGACCCUCCCGUCAGCAGUGACCUGGAUUGCUUGCUUGGGCUAGAAUGUACCCGUCUCUGCCUGAAUAAGCCAUAUGUAUGCUCCUACACCAAGGUAGGUCGUCSCUGCCCUCAGUGAGCCCGCUGAGGGACCCCAGACGACAGGAUCGAGCAAUAGGAAGAGACGCCUCCUGGGGGUAACUGGGACGCCCCUUUUGCUUCUGGCCCGUCAGAUCAGAUGGCUGCCGGGAGGCUCCUGGGAGGCCAGGCUCCUGAGGCAGCUGCUCGCUUGCGGCCCGGAGAGGCCGCCUGCAGCUCUGCAGACAGACCCCAUGCACCCCGAGGCCCUGUCCUCCUCCUGGUUAGUAUUUAUUUCCAGCACCUGUCUGAUGCRGUUUUUUAUCCUCUACCUAUUGCACUGUUGUGACUUGUCGGCCAUUAUUUGAUUUUUGUACAAAAAAAGCUUUGUUAUAGAAAUCAGCAUACUAUUUUUUUAAAUCUGGAGAGAAGAUAUUAUGGUGACUGAAAUAUGGUCAGGUGUCAAAUAUAAAUGUAUAAACGCCUUCUUGCURUUCUGUCCGACAUCUUACGUUCAUUUUGUAUUUGCUGGCAAUACYGAAGGUUUCUUCUGUUGGUGUGAACUCUGAUUUCUUCAACGGUAUCAUGGGUUUUUAAAAUCAGUGUCUCSUUACAACUGUCUCAGCGUUGGUGAACUAAUUUUUGCCAGGACCAUUAUUGAUUGAGCAAAUAAAUUCAACAGCCAUUGGGGAAACA